AUUUUUAGUAUGCAUCGCUCAUCGUAUAAUCGAUUGUUCCGAAUUAUUUCCUUAAAUACUCGCUGGAAGAGUGAUUUGGCUUCGCCGAAGGACAUUUCUGAGAAAAGCGCCAUUUACGACAAAGUCACUCACACGGGACAGGCGUGGGAUCAGGCUGACUAUCGUUUACAACGUUUUGACUUCUCUCCAAAACAAGUCAAUCCAAAUAUUGCACAAAACCUUAUCGCAGAAUUACCACCAGUCCCUUCAAAAGAACGCGUGGUUUUUUGUGAUGGAGGACAUCCGGCUCUAGGGCAUCCUCGAGUUUAUAUUAAUUUAGAUAAACCUGGUACGCAUGCUUGUGGUUAUUGCGGACAACGUUUCUAUAACAUUGAGACCACCAAAGAAGAAGAUAAAUCAAUUGCGCAUAUGGAUUGUUAA